AUGGUGGCUGGGAGUAGCUCCACCGGUAGCGGUGGUGAAGGAGCGGCGGAGAUGAAGCCGAAAGAGAUCAGGUUGUUUGGAGUCAGAGUGGUGGUUGAUAACUUUAGGAGGAAUGUGAGUUUGAAUAAUGUAUCUGAGUAUCAGUAUUAUAAGGAGAUGCCUAUUAAUGAUGAGGAGGAUGUUGCUGCUGCUGCUGCUGUUUCUGGUUAUAUGUCUGCAGACGACACCGUUCACCACUCUUCUUCUGCCUCUGGAAGACGUGGAGUGCCAUGGACAGAGGAGGAGCACAGGAGAUUCCUUUUUGGAUUGCAGAAAGUGGGAAAAGGAGAUUGGAGAGGAAUUUCUCGCAAUUUUGUCAAGACUCGAACUCCAACUCAGGUCGCUAGUCAUGCUCAGAAGCAUUUUCUCCGCCUCAAUAAUGUCAAUCGCCGCCGCCGCCGAACUAGCCUCUUUGAUAUCACCACCGAUACGAUUAAUAAUCUAGAUGAAUAUUUGAAUAUGGAUUUGGUUGAUUGGAGGUCUGAAUCUAUUAUGUCAGUUGUGUAG